AUGGCAGAAAAGCAGCAAUCAAGUAGUGAUCAAUUGGAAUGGAGAAUAAAUGUGGGAGAUGGGUCAUCAAGGACUUUGGUCCCAAAGGCAGGGCUUGUCAGAAGAGCCUGGCAAGGCCUGAAGGGUGUAAUUGAAGCCUUUUUUGUGAAGAAGGUGUGGAGGUUCUUGAAGAAAGCAUGGGAUUUAGGGGUUGAUGAUCCUAGAAAAUUUAUCCAUUGCCUUAAAGUUGGGAUUGCUCUCACUGUUGUCUCACUGUUUUACUAUAUGAGGCCAUUGUAUGAUGGCUUUGGAGGGAAUGCUAUGUGGGCUGUUAUGACAGUUGUUGUGGUGUUUGAAAACAAUGUCGGAGCAUCAGUCUGCAAAUGUUUGAACAGAAUAUGUGGGACAAGUCUUGCUGGGUUUCUUGGAUUUGGUGUACAUUGUCUGGCUAGCAAAUCUGGACCCAAACUCGAGCCGUUCAUCGUUGGAUCCUCAGUUUUCUUACUAGCUUCUGCUGCAACUUUCUCAAGAUUUAUACCAUCCGUGAAAGCCCGGUUUGACUACGGAGCUAUGAUCUUCAUCCUCACUUUCAGCUUGGUUUCAGUAUCAGGCUAUCGAGUCGAUGAAUUGCUCGGUAUGGCACGGGAAAGGAUAUCAACAAUCAUAGUUGGAACUUCUCUGUGCAUCCUUGUGAGCAUGUUGAUUUGCCCCAUCUGGGCUGGCGGGGAGCUUCAUGUUCUAAUCCAUCGUAACAUGGAAAAACUUGCCAUUUCAUUGGAGGGCUGCACUAGUGAGUUCUUUCAAAGUAAUGGAGGAGUUGAUGACAAAAACAAAGAGUCCAAUGAAAAAUUGCUAGGAUUCAAGUGUGUUCUGGGUUCAAAGGCCAAUGAAGAAGCUAUGGCCAAAUUUGCUUUAUGGGAGCCUGCUCAUGGUCAGUUCAAUUACAAGCAUCCAUGGAAACAAUACCUCAAAAUCGGUUCAUCGAUCCGAAGCUGCGCUUAUUGUCUAGAGGCCCUUAAUGCCUGCAUCAAUUCAGAACAUAAGGUUCCAGAGUCCAUAAUGGAGCAUGUGAGUGAUUCUUGCUUAACAGUGAGCUCUAAUGCUUCAAGGGUCAUUAGAGAAUUGGCAGAAACCAUGAAGACCAUGAAGAGAUCAUCAACCAUAGAUGUCCUGCUUGGAGAAAUGAACAGUUCAGUUCAAGAACUUCAGGGGAAUUUAAAGUCACUAUUACCUGAAAAUGGAACUCCUAUCAUGGAUAUGAUUCCAGUAUUAACCUGUGUUUCUUUGCUGAUCGAAAUCGCGAAUCGGGUCGAAGCCAUUGUUGAUGCUGUCAAAGAACUAUCAAACUUGGCUGCAUUUGGAUUCAAAGACCAGGACAAAUCAAAGCAAGAUCAGCCUAAGAGUAGUGAGAAUUUAGUGCAAGAGAAGGAAAGAGAGGAACAAACCAUAAUGACCCUUCAGAGGGUCUCAGUUUUAUAG